AUGGAUGGCACACCCAUCUCCACCGUGUACAAGGUGGAAGCUGAGCCGCCAUUCAUACCUGUCACAACCCAAUCAGGUAGAUACAGGGGUCCUUACGUUCCAGUCGGGUCAUUAAGUAAGUCAGAAACGUCUCCAAGCUACUAUCCUGCGACGGAAGUUGCUGUACUGGAGAAGAAUGGCUGGAUCCGCACGAACCCCCUCGACUACAGUGAUAACGUCCAAGUUUUCAUUCUGCCAAAUGAUGUGCAAGGUGCAUCAGCCCAGAAAGCAAAACCAAUACCGAAAGCUAAGAUCAGAGCUCUCAUGGCUAAAAUCGAUCAUUCAUCUGAUGCGUGGGCUGGAUUGUCUGAUGCUCACCCCACCCAAUCUGGCUACCUGGGAUCGAACCCAGGAGAUGAAGAUGAAUCUCUAUGGUACAUUUUCAACACGUUGCAAAGCCCUGAUCCUUCUCCGCAACACAUGAAGAAUGUUCCUUCUAGACAGGCGAUGGAAUCCUUGCUUGACGAAUCAGAUUACCCGGUCCUGGGCCUCAAAACAGCGCUUUAUCCCUAUCAGAGGAGAUCGGCUGCCACGAUGAUUCAAAGGGAAGCACAGCCGGCGAUGGUGCUUGAUCCUAGAUUACAGGCCGUGGAAGGUCCAACUGGAACGAGCUUCUAUUACGACAAGGUUGAAGGCACGCUUCUGAAAGGAAAGCGGCUGUAUUCUGAAGCUUGUGGAGGCAUUCUAGCGGAGAGCAUGGGAUGCGGCAAGACUUUGAUUUGUCUCGCUGUGAUUCUCGCUACUCGCGGCCAUUUCCCUGCUAUUCCUAUUGAGUACCAGACGUAUGAAAACCCCAUCAGAAGGCGAACCGGGUCCUUGAUGCAGAUGGCUGCUGCCACCGCAGGUCGGUUUUCUGUACCCUGGAAGAUGUUUUUCGACAGUCUCAGUAGGGAAGGGGAGUUUCACGACAAUUGUGUCAAUGCAUGCAGGGAAAAUUCCGGCUGCUAUAACAUCCCGCCCGAUGUCACCAAAAAUCCUCGCAGAAACAGCACUUCGCCAUAUCUCCGAGAUCCUGCCCAGGAAGUCCGGCUUUGCUCCGGCACGAUCGUCAUUGUUCCACCGAAUAUGGUUGAUCAUUGGCAGAAUGAGAUCGCGACUCACACCACUGGCCUCAGAGUUGUGACUUUGCGAGAAAGCUCGGAACGAACGCCAACAGCCGAUGAAUUGAUGGAAUUCGAUCUCGUGCUGUUUUCCCGAAACAGGUUUGAAAAAGAAGUACCAGAAAAGAAACACAUCCAACCCAAGGGAGGCAAAGCUGUCAAAAUUGUCCAAGAGGAAUCGCCACUUCUCAGUCUCCACUGGCUGAGAGUCAUUGUCGACGAAGGACAUAAUGUUUCAAGCCAGAAAACAAGACUGACAGAUAUGCUGAAACGCUUACACUUCGAGCGUCGCUGGGUCAUCUCAGGAACUCCUUCGCCUGGGUUGUACGGAGUCGAGGUUAGUCUCGCGUCUCGGGAAGCAGACACCAGUGAGACCGAAUCCCCUGAGGAAGCUACUCAAGCUAUUUUGAAAAAGCGAAAACGGACGGGAAAUGCCGUCGACAAUGAGCUAAAAGCCCUAGACCACUUGCGGGAAAUGGUCAUUCACUUCCUUGAUUUGAAACCUUGGUCGAGUUCGAGCCCAGGCGACUCUGCCAACUGGACAAAUUACAUGAAGCCGAUAGGUGCUGACGGAAAGCGUCGAAAAGCUCCUUCGCUAAGGCCAACUCUCCAAAGCCUUGUCGUCAGACACCGCAAAGAUGUGGUUGAUCGGGAGAAGCCUCUUCCCAAACUGUACAAUAAGGUGACGUAUCUGACUCCGACAUUUUACGACAAGUUAUCGAUCAACAUGUUUCUAUUUACGCUUGCUGUUAAUGCCAUUACAUCCGAGCGCGUGGGUCCAGACUACAUGUUUAACUCCAAGAACAGAAAGCACUUAAAUCAAGUCAUCGAAAACAUACGCCAGGCCGGAUUUUGGUGGGCCGGCUCCACUCAAGCGUCUGAUUCCAUUGAUCUUGCUCGCAGAUAUAUGGAAUCCAACUAUGACAAAAUGCAUCCCUCAGACAUCAAGCUUUUGGCCGAUGGAAUCCACAUUGCAACCACAGCAAUCAACUCGCCCAAUUGGCAGGGAUUUAACAGUCUGCACGAGCUUGGCGUCUUUGUUCAAAAUUUCCCAGAGGAUUACCGUAGCUCAUGGGCAGUUGCAAGCGGCGCAUGUGACAAUCCGUUGUUGAUGGGAAUUUCCCAAGCCUGCAAAGCCCAAGAGUUUGUGACGGAGCAUCUCCGCUCCCCCGAUCCCGCAGAGGGCCUUUCCGGCGCGGGCAUCAAAGCUCGUGGAGAGUUAACUCAUCACGACGAUGCUCCAGCCAGGGGUGCUCCCGACCCAGCAAACACACCAAUGGUCCAGAGACAGUUAGCACACACUGCCAAGCCCCCUAGUAACAAAGCUCCCAAAAAGACGUUUGAAAAGAAUCUCUUCCGCUCGCUCCCGGAAACUUCAUCACUCCAGCAAACUCAGCUGGUUGGUACCGCAUCAGCCAAGCUACGAUACUUACUUGACAAAGUCCUUGAAUACCACCAGUCCGAAAAGAUCAUCAUCUUCUACGAAGACAGCAACACCGCAUACUGGACCGCACAAGGAUUGGAGCUCAUCAACGUGGAAUUCCGCAUCUACGCCAAUACGCUGAAACCGCAGCUUCGAACGGAGUAUCUCAAAAUCUUCCGCGAGUCAGAGGAAGUGCGUGUCUUGUUGAUGGAUCUCGGCCAGGCUUCGCAUGGAUUACAUAUCGCUCAGGCAUCGCGCGUUUUCAUAAUCAGUCCGAUUUGGAAACCGAAUGUUGAGAGCCAGGCCAUCAAGCGAGCUCAUCGUAUUGGCCAGACAAGACCCGUUUAUGUCGAAACACUCGUUCUAGAGAAUACUCUCGAGCAUCGCAUGCUCAGUCGUCGAAAGGAGAUGUCUGAGGCGGAAUUGCAACUUGCAGAAAAGGGUCCGCUGGAUGAUAGUACCAUGAGUGAUAUCAUACAGAACGAAUCUUUCCUCUCCAUGGAUGAUGAGGCUGGUUCUGGUAUGGCGCGGCUAGAGUUCCCGACUGGGUUCUUUGAUCGACAUAAACUACCUAUUCCAGAUGAUGAAGAGGUAGCGCGUCGCAUUCCUGCAAAGCGUACGCCACAGGACUCCUCGGAUAGUGCAAAUCUAGAGUCCGCUUCAGGUUCUGGAGCGUCGGUAGCCAAGCGUGCUCGAGUUGGGUUCGCUGCAGACCCGCAGCUGAUUGAUGUUCAUGAUGGGCCACCGGGUGCAGUUGAGCCUGUGCAUGUGGCCUCCAGCCCUCAGGCUCCUGUUCCUGUUCGGCCUCGGGUUGAUUUUGCUGAGGAUGCCCAGGCCCGGGAGGACCACUCCGCAUCGCCGAUCUUGGUUGGGGUGGAGAGAAAUAGAGAGAAGCGGGUCUCUAUCUUUGGGCCUUAA